AUGACAUCCUACAAGCCUCCCAAAAAAGGAGAUGGUGGUUGCUUCGGUUUGUUGUCGAGCUGCUUCAGAACACAGCAAAAAGAAGAAUCCAUUCCCUUGAAGGCCCAAAAGCCUGCGGCAGAAGCUUUGGCUAGUUCUGCUGACCAGUCGCAACUGGUAACAUAUUCCCCGGGGCUUCCUCCAAUCAGCCAUGCAGUUGUCCCGACAGACAAAGAGAGAACGAAGGACUUGUGGCAAGAGGCAUUCGAUCAACUCGAUGACGAGUCUGACAAAAAAUCGAUUGAUGCGAACGUCAAUAAGCCUGGCGAAAAGUUCGAUAUUGACGGAUUGGUUGAUCUCAUUCAGGGCCAUGAAGAAACGUUCAAGGAGAAGUCUGUCAAGAUCACUAUUGGCGACCAGGACAUAUUCUGGAGGGACUGUGCAAAGAGGACAGUAUCGUGCAUCAAAACCUGUGGAGAUAUUGCGAUGCCGUUCGCUCCAGAACCUUCUUCUAUUGUUUGGUCGGCUGUCAAGGUCCUGCUCAAUGCACACGUUGAUCAAUGCGAGAAUCUUAUCGCCAUUCUCGGAUGCGCUGAGAAGGCUCUGAGGUUGGUCAGAGUAGGUGCUAUUUGUGACCGAGCUUUCUUGCAAAUCGGCUUGACCGAAGGUUCUCAAUCUUUCGAGCUUAUGCGUGCCGCCUUGGAGCAGCUGAACGAGACAAGCGCAAUCAGUCAAUUCUGCAAAGCAUUGUGGAACCCGGGAGAAGCCGAUGGGUUGAUCAAGGACUUGCACACAGCUGAACAGGAGUUGAACACCUGCAUGCAAGCUUGCAACCAGGAACUAUCAGUGGCUAAUAAUCGAGAAGUUCAAAAACGUCUCCAGAGCCUUGACGAACGGAUUUGUUACAUUGACCGUGGAGUUUCUAAGAUCCUCAGUGAUAUGGAAGACCAGCAGAUGAGAAAUGCCCUCAAUUACAUCAGCGACGUACAUGUCGGUAACCAACACAUUGAGAGGAGAAAAAAUAGAACGGAGGGAACUGGCAAAUGGCUGUUGAAUGAUGAAGUAUUUCGUGAAUGGGAAAACACGAGUUCAUCCGCGUUGCUAUGGCUCAGGGGAGAUGCUGGUGCUGGUAAAUCGACACUUGCUUCUCAUAUUGUAGAUCGCUAUUGGAAUAAUGGUAGCAAGGCUAGCGUACCAACUGAUGAAGGAUUUGCCUUUUUCUACUUUCGAAAAACCGAUCAAGAUGGCGGAGACCAGGUGCUCAACGUUCUCAGAAGCUUCGUUCGACAACUAGCAACCAUUCCAAAUUACCCUGAGAAGAUGGUGGCUUUUCUGAUCCAGCGUUGUAAGGACAUGGAGAAAUCGCAGCAACCAUUUGACAAAAGCCUUUGUGAGGAAAGUCUUUUGCAGCUUAUCAAUCUUCUUCCCCGAACAGUUAUAGUUCUUGAUGGUCUGGAUGAGUUUGAUAAAGAAGAUAUGAAGAUCAUUAUGCAAAUCAUGGUCAAAUUACUUGGGGAAUCUCAACGACCACUUAAGAUGUUCAUUUCAAGCCGGGACCGGCCAGAUAUUCGAAGCAGCCUUUCAAAUGCCAGACAAAUGCUGGCGACAAUCACUGUCGCCGACAAAAAUGAGCCCGAUAUUGAGAAAUUUGUCAAGAAAAGAGUCAAAGAGAUCGGAGAGGACUGGGGACAAGAGGUGAGAGAUAAAGUCGAGAGGAGACUAUGUACAGAGUCCGGUGGAAUGUUCAGAUGGGCUUUUCUUCAGGUUGAGCAACUUAAAGGCCUGGGAUCCGAUGAUGCAAUCAUGAACAGGAUAGGAAGGCUACCCAAAGGCCUUGAACAAGCAUAUGAUGAGCUCUACGAAAAGGAUGAACUGAUCGAUCGAAUGUACCUCGAGCGAGCGGUGCGAUGGACCAUGUACGCACUGCAGCCUCUGUCUACUGAAGAGUUGUUAGCCGCAGUCCGAUUCGGAACCAGCGAUGAUAAUGGUGUUAUCGAGUUGAAAACCAUGGGUAGCGUAUCGGAAAGACAAUUCGAAACUCUUUGUCGUUACCUCAUUGUCAAAGACAUCGAGGGCAACUGGAAGUUUCCCCAUGCAUCAGUACAAGAAUACUUCCUCGAAAAACACGGAGGCUGGGCGGGACAGAACGGCAAAGCUGAGAUUACGAAGUUAUCGCUCCUAUUGGUCAGGAAAGCAAAUCUUGAACCCCCAGAUUGGGCUGUAAAGAUUGUGGAAGCUGAGAUGGCGGCGAGGGAGGUCUUCUGGGCCGAGGAAGCAAAUCAUGAACCCUCCGCACGUGGGCACGUCGAAAAGCAAUUGGAAAUGGAGGCUCAAGGCUCUACCAUAAAUAGCGGAAGUGAAAACACCGCUACAGACCCUGUGAGCUCACUUUGGUUGUAUGUAUCAAAGUACUGGUUCUCUCACGUCAAACUGAUACAGUGUGACAUCAAAAACUAUCCCGAGAUUUCUCAGCUUCUUCAUUACUUCAUGGUCGAUGGAGAGAGGGAGUAUGAGAAUUGGGCCAAAUACUACCCGGCGGCGGCAUCAAUCUUCGUUGUAGCAGAAUACUUGGUAGGCGGCCUUCGGCCCACCAGUAUGGCAGUGUUAGGUCUGAUUGUCCUUGGCAUAUAUCCAGCAGCGAUGCAGUGGGGAGAAGAUUGUCUGGAGUCGAAUCCAGAGUGUACCAACGCCGAAGACUACAGCAUUCUCUCUUUGGCCGUAAAACAUGGACCAGACGUGUUAUGCCGUCAACUCAUCGGGCUUGGUAGCGAUAUCAACAGAAUCGUGAGAAAGGGUUCUACUAGCGCCCUAGAGGUAGCAUUGAAGCAAGGGAAGAAGUCCUGUGCCAUCACUCUCUUGGAACAUGGAGCUGAUCCCAAUUUGGAGACAUGCUCGCAUUCCCUCUGUUGCGCUAUUGUGAACUGUUAUGAUAAGGUGCUUCUUGACCUUCUUUUAAACAAGGGGGCAGAUCCAGAGGCUAUUUGUCGUAUUUGCAAUUGGGAAUGUCCGCUUAUUGCGGCAGCGAAGAUGGAUAAUACAGAAGCUGCAGUAACCUUGAUUGACGCCGGUGCCCGACUUGACUUCCCUGGCGGUCGUCAUGGAACCCCGUUAUUACAGGCGGCGAAGAGCGGUUCACUGCAGGUAGCCAAGCUUCUCGUCGGUAGAGGAGCAGAUGUUGAUGUUCAGACCGAAGAAAGAUAUGGCGGGGUUUUGGCCGCGGCGUUUUGCAAUGGAAAAAGCGAAAUGUUGGCAUAUCUUAUUGAAGAGGCUGAAGCAGACCCCUACAGGCUGAUCUUUGAUCUCGUUACAAAGAAGCCGGUGGUCUAUGACUUUUACGAUGAUAACUGUUACGAAGAACAGCGAAAGAAAAUGGCGGCAUAUCUUCUGAUAAAUCAAUACCUGGAAGUAAAUGACUCCCGGGUUCAAGAGAUGAGGUAG